CCAAAAGGAAAAGGAAUAAUUAUGUGUAGUUGGCGGGGUUCGAAGCGAAAGACAUGAGUUUUAUUUGAAUUUUGCAGCUUGUGAAUGGAUGGCAAGGAUUGAAAAUAACUAAAAAGAAAGUGACGAUCAUGUGGCAGGAUAGUUACAAAUACCCAUCAGAGGAGAGAGACAAGUAACAGAAAAUUGGUGCUCAUUCUUCUCCUCUUUUUCCUCUAAUUUUCUCUCCUUUCUCUUCUCUCCCAAAUCUCUUUCUAAUUCUUAUCUCAUCUAAAUCUGCAAGUUCUCAUGGAUUAAAUGGCUUUCCUUCCUAUCCAUUUUCAGUUAUAGUUUUCAUUUUCAUUGUAUUUGAGACCCAUUUGUCUAUUUUUCGAUUAAUGAGAAAAUCCGAAAAUUCCCAAAAUAUUCUGAGUUGAUUUAAUCUUCGUAAACUAAUUUGAGACCUCAGUCGAGGUCAUAACAAGUGGUACCAGAGCUCAGAUCGGGCGAUCUGUGUGGUAAGGAUGGCAGAGGGCACUCGCUGGAAGUUGACUGAUGAGAAGCUAGCUCGUCAUGAUGAAAUGCUGGCAGAUCUGUUAAACUCACAACAGGAGGUAAAGAACAUACAAGUUGGAAUACAAGGGAUACUAGAAUUGAUCCUUGAUCGUUUGGGUGCUUUGGAAAGGGGACCAGCAGGCCAGAACAUUGGCAUUGGACUGUUGUCUAAUCCAGCUCAGGAUGUAAGAAAAAGGCAUCCACCAACUCCAAUUUUGCCACCGAAGUGGGAACUACCUCAAUUCGAAGGUCACGAACCUAAGCUUGUGAAUGGACGACAAGGAUUGAAAAUAACUAAAAAGAAAGCGACGAUCGUGAUGAAGCCACGUGGCAGGGUAGUUACAAAUACCCAUCAGAGGAGAGAGACAAGUAACAGAAAAUUGGUUCUCAUGGAUUAAAUGGUUUCCCUUCCUAUCCAUUUUUAGUUAUAGUUUUCAUUUUCAUUGUAUUUGAGACCCAUUUAUCUAUUUUUCGAUUAAUGAGAAAAUCUGAAAAAUUCUCAAAAUAUUCUGAGUUGAUUUAAUCUUCGUAAACUAAUUUGAGACCUCAGUCGAGGUCGUAACAUUUAGAGCAGACUUAUUCCUUGUUAAACAAUGGUGCAUAUAUAUAUACAUUUACUGUUUAAUAAAUAGUGCAUAUGACACCUGUUUCUUUUUAACAGACCAAUAUCUACUGUAUCAAAAAAAAAGUUCAAAACUGAAUUUAAAAGUAUUUCAAAUCCUUAAAAAAUACCAAAAACUGAAUUUGAGUUUUUGAAAUAUAGACAAAAGGGAGUGUAACGCCCCGCGAUUCGGGCUACAAUAUAGACCAUGAUUUUGAUGCAUUGCGAAUUCCGAAGCCAUAAAAUCCUAUGCCAAUACGGAAUGU